UCUUGGACAUUAUGGACGAUGUCUUGUUCACCAGCGGCUAUCCGAUCCUCGGGAUUGCCCAUCGCGUGGCAGCCUGGAACACGCUCUGCUCACUGAUCGACCAGUCAUCGCAAUCCGAUAUCCACCUCGUCAAGAAUGUCGUGUGGGACCAGGACGUUUGGAAACGUGCGUUUGAGCUGUACCUAAAUCACGCUCACAAUGCUCGUCCAAAGUCUUCAAGGCAGCUGCUCGUUACUCUCACCAAUGCAUUGCAAAAGCAGACCGGAGUCGGCAGAACACAGAGCAUAGGAAUUGCCUCGCAAACGCUAGCGGCGAGUCUCAUUGACUAUGAAGAUGCGCCCAAAGCCAAGGCUGCCAUACAGCUUUUGACUAACCUCCUUGCGAAGCGUAUAUUGCAGGUUGCAGAGCUGCCUUCGGCUUUCACGUUGCAAAGACCCGGAAUUCGGAUUGUCGGAGACCGUUUGAAUGCCUCGGAUCUGCUCGAGGUCUUAUUUCGCUGGUUGAGGAAUGGCGACUUUGGAUCCACCAUCGCCUCCGGCAUUGCCGCAGUGUUGGACAAGCUCGACGAGCAGAAUGCAACUGACACUCCGUCUGGCAGUUCUGUGACAGAUGCACGAGUAUGGCGAACGCCGCUUGAAAGCGUCUACAUUCAAGGCAACGUAAAUGUUGACGAUCUGCGAGCUCAUAUUCUCCCAAUGCUCUUCAAACGCAAGGACACAGAAUUCGCAUCUUUCUUGCAGUACCAUGGCAUUGAGGCGGGGAGGGCCCCCUCUGCUGCACCAUCUGGGUCGGAUCCAUACGCUGGGUUGCUCUAUGCAGCAUUGCAGACCGGCAAGUCAUUCGGUCUGCUUGUCGAGCAUGAUGGGAAUACAGUGAUCGCUUUGGAAGGUACAAUUGGCAUUCCCAUGAGCUUUAUUAGCAGGCUCUUGUUCGCGAGCGAUCGCUCGGCUCGACUUACAGGGCUCUCAAUGUUACUCACGUCGCCGUCUGCUUCCAAGCCGCUCACUGCAAGCGCGCUGAAUCUGGUCAAGAGGGCAUUGGCUACGUUCUUCGCCGAUGUUGAUGCAGACUUUCGUAGCGAAGUCUUUGGCGCAGUUCAGAGGCAUGUAGAUCGGCUUCGAGCUGUAACGGCUGCGCUCGACCGCGCCACAAGUCAUGGAAAAGGUACUACAAGCUCCACGGAGACACCCCAAGAAGCUGUGCGUCGUCAUCAUGAUCUUCUGAAGUGGUUUCAACGUUUCCUUGCACAAGAACUGCGGCCGACCGCAAGCUACCAACGGCACAUAUCGGCCCUACGUUGUCUGUCGAUUCUUUCGCGAUCAGGACUGGAUCACGAAGUCGCAUCGGAGUUUUGGUCCAAAUCAGCGCAAGGUCAGAUCAAGUGGCCGUUCAAGAUGUCUUUCGUGGGCCCUGAAAUCCGACGUCUGCUUCUUGAUAUCCUUCUAGACCCUUUCGAGGACGUCCGGCAUUCUGCGUUCGAAGUACUUAGACUGUAUUGCUCGGUGCAGAGUUCGAAAUCCGGACCGAGCGCGCAACUGACAGUCACAAAUCCAAUACCCACGUCGACUGAAACAACAGAUCAGUACAUGCGAACACUCGACCGCGCAGAGAAGAUCAUGUACCAGACUGGUCGAGCUGAUCAUGCAGACGGGGUAGCGUACCUCUACUCGCUUUGGUAUCAGUCUAGCAUUGUUGGCGACAAGCCUGAGAAUACUUGGCAAUAUGCCGAGGAAAGUUUAUUAUCGGACGGACUUAUCGCGAAGCUUGAACAAUUCAUCGGUAUUGCUCAAGCUGGUCUGUCGGAGGCGGUUGCGCGUUAUCCUCUACACGGACUCCUGACAAGUCUGCGUUAUGUGCUACUCCAGCGUCAAAAAUACAUUCGUGAUCACACACAGGAUGUCAUUCCCAGCAGAAUCUUCUGUCACCUGCAGCAUAUUUGGGAGCUCGUCAAGCCCAUCUUAUGUGACGAUGCUCCGGAAGGCUAUCUACCAGAAGAGCUGGAAAAUACUUCCAACGAUACCAAGGAGACUUUAAGCUAUUGUUGGCGAGCGCUCAAAGAGAGCAGCUUGUUACUUGGUGUUCUGAUAUCGUCGGAGUCGGAAGCUGCUGAUCGAGUCGAAAGAGUGGCAAAGUGGAGCACACUAUGCUUCACUCAAUUGGCAGAACUCAGGCAUCGGGGAGCAUUCUCAACAGUCGCCCAGACCUGGGUAGCUUGCUGCAACCGGGCAAAGGAUAGUACAGUAACAGAUCGCGCCCAGCUGGAUAUCUGGUACUCUGAUGUUCUCAGGAUGCUUCACUCCAACGUUACGAUAAAUACGCGCCGUUCUGCUGGACUGCCGUCGCUGCUCUGUGGCAUAUUAGGAGCCGAUAGAUCAGGCAAGCUAAUUGCCCGCGCCGUGGCAGAUCUGGAAACUAUUGCGCGUCUGGAAGUAGAUGCCGCAUCAGCUGAAGAGGGCAGCCUGGCGCAGGUGCACGCGAUGAACUGCUUCAAAGAUAUCCUCAAGAACUCCCGACUUGCCGAGCAGUCUGAGCCUUUCCUUGCCAAGGCGCUCCACCUAUCUGCCGAUGCUUUGCGCUCGGAUGCGUGGGCUAUUCGCAACUGUGGGUUGAUGCUGUUCCGCGCUGUCAUCGACCGAUUGCUGGGGACGAGCGAAGCACACUUUGACGACGAUGUAACCACGCAGAAGCGAAUUUCAACCGAAGCCUACCCGCACCUACUCGACGUCGUUCUGUCGCUUCUCAAAGCACCAGCCGACGGUACUACAACGCGAUUCGAAGGCGUGUUUCCUGCACUACAGCUCCUACAGCUGACACGCAUCCCUGCCGAUCGACUCUUGGAAACCUGCGAUGCCGUAGAGGCGCUCACAGCAAGCCCCUCGUGGCAUGUCAGAGACAAAGCAGCUCGCACGCUAGCAUCUCUUACGACACUGAGUGAUCUGGUUUUACAUCUCGACGAAGUUCUCUCGGAGGGAAACCUGCAAGAGAACAGAAGUCAUGGCCUGCAGCUGGUUACCAAGUACACAGUCCUCCGCACAGCGUCCGCGAUCGUGAGGCCAGGAGGAGGAGAGGUUGAUACUUCAACCGCGUUUUACGACUGCUCAUGCCUUGCAACCUCCAUUGGCCGGAUUUACUCUCUUGCGAAAAGUCCCGUCACCAAAGCGGCGAGCUUAGAUGUUGUCCGUGCAUGCUCCGACUUGCUGGUCAGUAUCAACGCCACAACGCGGCAAGAGCACGACCAUUCUUCUUUGAUCGUGGCGCUCGAUGCUGUUGGUGCUACCAACAAGAGCGCAAUCGAGACAUUGCGGCACAUCCUGACUGGUGCAUUGGACGAUCCUGCCUUAGCCGUUCUGCGCCAAGCCUGGUCGCGUCUCGUCGCCCACUAUUUGAUGGCGGACACGAAGACCAACGGUGAACCGCUGACACAAUGCUACACGAUGAUCGUAGAGUUAUUGCAGCGAGAUCAAGGUGCCGUGCUACACUUCCUGCAGGCACUGCAUCCUGCCAGAGUAUGCAAUAAUACUCCGAUGUCGGCCUUCGUCAACAAGGUGUGUGCCUAUAUUAUGAGCAGUGGCUCGGAUAUGGACCUGCGGUGUGUCGCUCUAAAGACAGUGAUCGAUCUCGCUGAAUACGCUGAAACCACUGUUAGGUUGGGUGUUUCUCGAAAUUCUUUCCUCUUGGACAGGAACCCGAAUCAGCAUUACGCCGACCAAAUGUUGCGAAUUGACACCUAUCAGAUGGACGGUCUUAUGGCGCGACAGAAAGGGCUCGACGAGGACCUCGUGCAAGACAUCUCGGGUUGGGCGGAUGCAUGCGUAGCUGCCAUCAACGGCCACGGCAUCUACACUCGGGAGGCUGCCGCAGAGGCACUUCGACAAGUAACAAAACUCUGGCAAUUUAUCAGCACCGAGCCCAAACUCGCUGACUCGUUCCUCCAAUUAUGCCUCGCAGUCUACGACCUACUCAAUGACGAUGACGAAGACAUUCGCCUGCUAGUCAGCGAGAUCGUCACGCAGAUACUGGCUGCUGGAUCAACGCGCGCCCCUGCCUCGGAGCCGAUAGUGGCCAGCCAGAGACUCCUGACAUUCUGCAUUGGAAGUUGGCCCGGUAGUCCAGGCUUCGUUGCUCAUGCAUUCCGUCGGGCUUUCGACAUCACGGAUGCAGAUACACUUCCACGUUCCGUCGCCCAAAAGCUCGAAGCUUCAACGCAGAGUGACACCGCACUCUUUGCUGAAGAGAAGCAAAACCUCUACAUCGAUGAAGCGAAAGAAGUCCGUGUCUGGUCCCAAGUCCUUCAAAAACUCUCCCUACAAGCAGUCGACAAAACUCUCAUCGCCAAACUCGCCACAUGGGCCGAUGAAGGACUCACUGCCCUCACUGCUCACUCAGAAAACAAUGUAGAUGGCGCCCUUGGCUGGACAACGCAGUCUGAGUUUUACGUUCUCGGGCUACAAGUCGUGUACGCUGUGGAAUUACUCUUCAAUUUCUCCGCGAGAGGCGCAAAGAUCCCAUUGCAACCUUCGGAGCUCAGGAAGAAAUUGUAUACGCUCAUUACCGCGCUUGAGAAGGCUGAGGGUAAUUGUCUGUGGCGAUGGGAAGCGGAGAGGGUUUUGAGUGAAUCGCUUUCGUUGAAGAUUUCCAGCGUUAGCGGGUUCAUUGGGAAAGGAUUGGAGGAGCAUAUCUGAAGGGGGGACGAGGGUGGGAGGCAUUUGGGUCUGGGUGCUUGCCAUGAGGCCGCGGUCGAUGCUAGGAAUGAAUAGACUUCUUUUUGCGUUCGUACAUUCAUGCGAGCCCAAACCUGUGUCGAGGACAGCUCGUUAUGCGAGCGCUGCUUGGUUUGCACGAAGAUCAGAUUAGCCAAAGCCAAGCUUGAGUAGCUGUCCUGCUAGUAUGCAGCAGUGAGGCUCACCUUUUCAGCUUUGGCCCAACUGCGCCGAUUCCGUAAGGUCGCAGUUGGGAAGUUGCUGUUGACCACUCAAUGCAUGGCGGCAUCGGCGGAUAGCGCGAGGGGAUUGUGGCACUGCAGAGCGCGGUAUACUGGGCCUGAGCGAUCUGUAGCUGCGCAUCAUGCUCACUUCCCCUCGGCCCGUUCAAUCAGUUUCUCCUCCAUGCCCAGUAUCUCGUACUUAGUCCUGUCGCCCUUCUUUUGUCCCCAUAUAACAUCGCCUUGAAGAUAGACAACCACGCCACCCUUUCCGGUAGCACUAGCUGUAAUUCUGAACAGCGGUGCGCCACUUUCAGGAUGUGCCUCGCGAAGCGGGACCAUCAUGAGAUCCUCUUCCGCACACCAAGCUUCCACUAUAUCUCUAAAGUCCGGCACGGGUUUAUCUGGCAGUUGGGUUGUCGCGGCAGCUUGUGCUUCGAGCUUCUUGCCGACCUCUUUGGCAAUCGGGCGGACUG